GGCGCGCCGGCUGGCGGAGCUUCGCCCCGCGCCCCACGCGCACCCCGCCAACUUCGAGUACGAUGACAACGAGUGGGACAUCGGCAUCGGCGACCUCAUCAUAGACCUCGAUGCCGACAUAGAGAAGACUGACGAGGCGGGCGGCAUGGCGGCGCGCGCCGAACCAGACGCGCAGCGCACCGCGCUCAAGAUGAAAAUCAAGCGCACCAAGCCCGGCACCAAGAGCUCCGAGGCCAAGCACGAAAUCGUCAAGUCAAACGAGACGAACGGCGAGCCCAAGCCGCCGCCGACGGCGCCCGCCGCGCCGCCCGCCGCCGCCAAGCGCGGCUCCGGGGGCCACCGGCGCGACAAGGCCCGCGACAAACACCACCACCCGCACGCGCCGCACGCGCCCCACGCGCCGCACGCGCAGCACGCGCCACACGCGCCUCAUCCGCCGCACGACGUCAACGGCGUCGCGCGCGUGCCUCCUCCGCCCAACGCGCCCGGCCCGCCCGCCGCGCCGCCGCCCGCGCCGCACCCGCCCGCCGCGCAGCCGCCGCCCCCGCCGCUCCACAGACGGAGCCGCGUCCGUCGCCGGUGCCGCGGCUGGACGCGAAGCCGGCCGCGUCCGCGCCUCCGCCGCCGCCGGCGCCAGCGCCCCGCCCGCACCCGCGCCCGCGCCUGCGCCCGCUGCGCACGCGCCGCACACGCCGCAACCCACCUCCAAACCUGA